AUGGAGACCACAUCGAAACUCGGCUCUCUCAGCACCGCCGCGCAGCAGAUAUCCGAUGCGGUGGACGGGCAUGAAGCAGACCUCCGCGUCAUCAACUCAAAGAUUCAUAGUAAUCCCGAAACGUGCUACGAGGAGUUCCAAGCCCAUGACGUCAUUGUUGAUUUUCUCGAAAAGCGAGGAUUUGGAGUGUCCAAAAAAGCGUUCGGCUUGCAGACCGCAUUUCUCGCGGAAUACGGACAAGGAGGGCGAAUCGUGACGUUCUGCGCGGAAUACGAUGCCUUGCCUCAGAUCGGGCAUGGUUGUGGCCACAAUUUGAUCGCGGUGUCAUCCAUCGCGGCUUUCCUGGGAACUGUUGCCGCGAUGAAGGAAUCUUCUUCCUCUGGUCGAGUCCAAUUACUCGGGUGUCCUGCCGAGGAGGGAGGUGGUGGGAAAUUGAAAUUGAUUGAGGCAGGUGCUUUUUCGAAUGUUGAUGCUGCAUUGAUGAUUCAUCCUACGCCGCCGGUUGAUCACUCUCGACCGGAGAUCGCUGGGAUUUCCUACGGUACUUGUCUGUCGGCCUGUGGGGUGAAUGCCACGUUCAUUGGAAAACCUUCCCAUGCUGCGGCGACGCCUUGGGAAGGGAUUAACGCGCUGGAUGCUGCGACGUUGUCCUAUACGGCGAUCGGUCUGUUGAGACAACAUAUCAGGCCGAGCGAUCGUAUAAACGUCAUUAUGCCGGAAGGGGGUACUGCGCACAAUGUUAUUCCGGAGAGGAGUCGGAUUCGAUGCAACGUGCGAUCGGAAACGGCGGCGCAGAUGAAUGCCCUCAAGGCUCGCGUGGAAAAUUGUUUCAAGGGAGCAGCUACAGCGACGGGAUGUACCAUGGAGCUGAGCGUGGCAAUGGCCCCUUAUAUGGAUAUUCGACCGAAUGAAGGACUUUGUACAGAGUUCGCCGAUGCCAUGCGGAAAUGGGAGCGGAACUUUGUUUGCAAUUUGGAGGACAAAGUUCUCAGUGCAUUCAGCACCGAUAUGGGGAAUGUCACUUAUGAAGUACCUUCUUUCCAUGGAAAUUUCAGUAUUCCAACGGCUCCUGGCGUUGGACUUCAUACGGAGGAAUUCAGAGAUGCAGCGGGAACUCUCGAAGCCCAUAGAGUAGCUAUGGGUGUGGGGAAAGGAAUGGCGGCUACAGGACUUCGGGUACUCAACGACGAUGAAUUUGCGUCCCUGGUCAAACGCAAUUUCGAAGCGGACAGGAAGUUGAGGUAG